CGAACACUUUAUGAAUACCGUCUGCCAGGGGUGACUUGGCAAACAGGAAUAUGUUGGGAUAUGUCUCAGAGAGUCCAACAUAUUCGGUGAGUGGCAGAUGUUCACUCAUUCCUUUUCUUAAGCCUUGAGAUACAAAUUCAAGGUUGGACUUUGAUUCUAUUGUAAACCGUAACAUUAAACGUAUUUGCCUGUCGUGUAAUUCUCUUUACCAUCUGACAAGUUCUAUAGCUUUCUUAGACAAGCCUACUGUAGGAUACUUUGUAACAGAUGCGCAAUUCUGAUAAACAGUUCGAGUUCUUAUUGUAUUAGGCCUACUAUAAAUCAGCACUUGUACAUAAUCUAACACAGCUCAUGCCCGAUUUUGAUCUUUAAAAAAAAGUUUGUCCUCACUUAUUUCUGCAGUGUAGGCUAUUGGCUAACCCGUAUUCUGUAAGCGACCCGUUAUUCUUCUAGCCUGAUUGGAUGCAGUGCCUAUGAGAGCGGUAUAGGAUAUGUUCCUCCGCUAUUUGUAACCCAGCAACAGUCUCAAUGAAUGGCUGGCUGAACAAAUCCAUUAUUUUAAGAAUUGACACCAUUAUUAGAUCAGACGUAUCCCGCGGUGUAGACUAUUUCCAAUACUGCCUGAGACAAUUACUUUGCAAGAGAACACUUUUUAAUUUAUUUAACCAAACGGGGCACAGCGAGGUAUAGCUUUGUAGCUGAAGUAAAUCAAAGUGACUUUUGCAACUGACACAAAUAGACUCAUAGUUCAUGCGCCAAAUGACACAUUCAUAAUUUUUAAGCCGCUGUUUUGCAAUGUUUCACUAAUGUAACAAAUGGCAUGACUGUAGGGCUUUGACACAGGGAGAUCCUCUCUACGCACGCGUGCCAAAUAUGAUGGUUCCACCCUCUACCUGAAAGGAGCGCACCUGGAUCCAACGAGACGGAAGUAGUUUGCAGAGAUUGAGAAACGCUGCAGAACUGUGAUGACUGUAGUCUUUUUGGGCAACAAUUACUCUGGAAUUCCACAUAUUUUGAAGAGGAUUUUCUUUUCGCGAUAUGCUCGACAUAAUCUGAUGGACUUUUUAAUCGAUAAUUUGGAGUGCAUUUCCAAUCCUUUUUUUGUAACGUCCUCGUAAGUCAUCGUUUUCCCGAAAGGAACGUGAAACUGCAGUACCAUGACAAGAACAUUUUUAUAGGAUCCUGAUCUAUCCUAUCAUUUAGUAGACUGCUGUACAGUAGAACGUUCUCCAACUCUUUUGUUGAACAGUAGGUUGUGGAGCAAAACAAUCAAUAUUGUUACAUUCCUGCUUGUGGAUGGUCAUAAUUAAAAGUGACAUGGCAUGUAACAGUUCAGUAUGUUCUCAGCUUUGAAGAAAUACGUGUUUUCCAUUCAUGCAAGACUGAGUUUUGUGAUCCUGCUUUUUGCCUCUGUGACAAAUGUGUCAAAUAAACAUUCUUUCUUACUUUUUAAGGUUACCUCCUCUGGUGGUGCAACUGACUGUGUUAGGUGAAGUGCUGUCUCAAAGCUAUCUACCCCACACAUCUCCAGAAGAAUGAGUGGUCUCCGCAGAGUUCUCGGAAGGCGAUUACACCCUUUAAAACUGGUGAUAGUGGCCCUUAUUUUUGUCACAUUUCUGUUCCUAAUACAACGUGAGGUAGUAAGCCAAAGUCCCUCCCAAGAAGAGCCCUGGCUGAAGGAGAUGUCUGUCAAACGGGAUGCCGUGCUGGGCAUGGUGAUGGGGGCCGUUAAUAACUUUAGGGAUGCCAUGCCAAAGAUGCAGAUCAAAGCCCCAGUGCGUCAGCAGGAAAAUGCAGGGGACUUCUCCUGUUUGCCAGGGACCUACACGGCUGCUGAGCUGAGGCCAGCUCUGGAGCGUCCACCUCAGGACCCCAACAGCCCUGGGGCCUCUGGGAAGCCCUUUCACACGGAUAAACUGAGCCCUGCUGAACAGAAGGAGAAGGACCGGGGAGAGGAGAAACACUGCUUUAACCUCUACGCCAGCGACCGCAUUUCUCUCAGCCGUGACCUGGGUCCUGACACCAGACCACCAGAGUAUGUUAUCUCUCAAUAAUAAACUGGCCAUUUUUAUGCUCUUAUGGUAGCUGUCACAGUUGUUUCCAUAUACAUGCUCUAAAAUCAGUGGUGGAAAAAGUACCCAAUUAUCAUACUUGAGUAAAAGUAAAGAUACUUUUACUUGAGUCAUUUUCUAUUAAGGUAAGUCACCCAGUAAAAUACUACUUGACUAAAAGUAUCUGGUUUUAAAUGUACAGUGGUGGAAAAAGUACUCAAUUGUCAUACUUCAGUAAAAGUACAAAGGAAAAGUAAAUGCUAUAUAUAUAUAUAUCAAAUUCCUUAUAUUAAGCAAACCAAAUGCCACUAUUUUAAAAUAUUUUUUUUCGGACAGACGGGCACAAUCAGACAUAAUUUACAAACGCAGUAUUUGUGUUUAGUGAGUCCACCAGGUUAGAGGCAGUAGGGAGGACAAGGUGUUAUAUUUAUAGGUGGGUGAAUUGGACCAUAAUUAUGUCCUGCCUGAGCAUUAGAACUGUAACAAGUACUUUUUGGUGUCAGGGAAAAACGUAUGGGAGUAAAAAGUACAUAUUUUCUUUAGUAAUGUAGUGAAGUAAAAGCUGUCAAAUAUAAAUACCCCACAAAAACUACUUUAGUAGUACUUCAAAGUAUUUUUUACUUAAGUACUUUACCCCACUGUCUAAAAUGUAUUGUCGCAGUGCUAUUUGUUUCGGUUUAAACCAACGUAGUCAUGUAAAAAUGUAGAGUCAAUCUUGGGGUCUGUGGCCCUGUUUAUGAUAAUUCUAUCAUUAUAGGGUAUCUUGUAAAACAUCCUAAUAUGAAGCCAACAUCUCAAGUGGAGUUUCUCCUCAUCACAUACAGUGAGGGGAAAAAAGUAUUUGAUCCCCUGCUGAUUUUGUACGUUUGCCCACUGACAAAUAAAUGAUCAGUCUAUAAUUUUAAUGGUAGGUUUAUUUGAACAGUGAGAGACAGAAUAACAACAAAAAAAUCCAGAAAAACGCAUGUCAAAAAUGUUAUAAAUUGAUUUGCAUUUUAAUAAGGGAAAUAAGUAUUUGACCCCCUCUCAAUCAGAAAGAUGUCUGGCUCCCAGGUGUCUUUUAUACAGGUAACGAGCUGAGAUUAGGAGCACACUCUUAAAGGGAGUGCUCCUAAUCUCAGUUUGUUACCUGUAUAAAAGAAACCUGUCCACAGAAGCAAUCAAUCAGAUUCCAAACUCUCCACCAUGGCCAAGACCAAAGAGCUCUCCAAGGAUGUCAGGGACAAGAUUGUAGACCUACACAAGGCUGGAAUGGGCUACAAGACCAUCGCCAAGCAGCUUGGUGAGAAGGUGACAACAGUUGGUGCGAUUAUUCGCAAAUGGAAGAAACACAAAAUAACUGUCAAUCUCCCUCGGCCUGGGGCUCCAUGCAAGAUCUCACUUCGUGGAGUUUCAAUGAUAAUGAGAACGGUGAGGAAUCAGCCCAGAACUACACGGGAGGAUCUUGUCAAUGAUCUCAAGGCAGCUGGGACCAUAGUCACCAAGAAAACAAUUGGUAACACACUACGCCGUGAAGGACUGAAAUCCUGCAGCGCCCGCAAGGUCCCCCUGCUCAAGAAAGCACAUAUACAGGCCCGUCUGAAGUUUGCCAAUGAACAUCUGAAUGAUUCAGAGGAGAACUGGGUGAAAGUGUUGUGGUCAGAUGAGACCAAAAUCGAGCUCUUUGGCAUCAACUCAACUCGCCGUGUUUGGAGGAGGAGGAAUGCUGCCUAUGACCCCGAGAACACCAUCCCCACCGUCAAACAUGGAGGUGGAAACAUUAUGCUUUGGGGGUGUUUUUCUGCUAAGGGGACAGGACAACUUCACCGCAUCAAAGGGACGAUGGACGGGGCCUUGUACCGUCAAAUCUUGGGUAAGAACCUCCUUCCCUCAGCCAGGGCAUUGAAAAUGGGUCGUGGAUGGGUAUUCCAGCAUGACAAUGACCCAAAACACAUGGCCAAGGCAACAAAGGAGUGGCUCAAGAAGAAGCACUUUAAGGUCCUGGAGUGGCCUAGCCAGUCGCCAGACCUUAAUUCCAUAGAAAAUCUGUGGAGGGAGCUGAAGGUUCGAGUUGCCAAACGUCAGCCUCAACCUUAAUGACUUGGAGAAGAUCUGCAAAGAGGAGUGGCACAAAAUCCCUCCUGAGAUGUGUGCAAACCUGGUGGCCAACUACAAGAAACGUCUGACCUUUGUGAUUGCCAACAAGGGUUUUGCCACCAAGUACUAAGUCAUGUUUUGCAGAGGGGUCAAAUACUUAUUUCCCUCAUUAAAAUGCAAAUCAAUUUAUAACAUUUUUGACAUGCGUUGUUCUGGAUUUUUUUGUUGUUAUUCUGUCUCUCACUGUUCAAAUAAACCUACCAUAAAAAUUAUAGACUGAUCAUUUCUUUGUCAGUGGGCAAACGUACAAAAUCAGCAGGGGAUCAAAUACUUUUUUCCCUCACUGUAGCAGCACCAUCUGGUGGUGUUCAAUAGAACAGUUUCUCUGUACAGGGAUUCAGUGUCCGUAUACUUUUAUUUCUUGUCUCAGUGGCUCAAUAUGAAACCAAAGUCACAUACUGAAUGACCACAGAAGGAAGGAGAUAACAACAUUAUAUAAUGUGUCUCCAACAGAAAUUACGGUUUUAACUCAAACAAGUCUUUGAUAUUUUCUUGAGUUAUUGAGGAAAAUUUCACUCUAACCACAGGCUGAGUUUUUCUGUCUGAAACAUUGUUUCAGCAUGUGUGCCCAGUAAAUGUGUCUGGGUCAAGAAAAAGUGGAGUUUUGUUUGGCUAAUUAAACAAGUCUGUCCAUUUUCCUAUUAUUUUUAUUGGGGUAAUUUACACAGAUUCAGACUGUCUGAUGCGGUUGGCAUUUCAAAGGGAGUCCCACAUCCCAAUGAAACAACUGAAACAGACACCCCUUUAGGGGAAGACUUCAGAUGUUUCAACCACAGUCCUGCACUGAAAGGCCUCUCGGGGACCCAAAAAGACACUACAUGUUUCUUAAUGCUCUUUUGCAGAUGUAUCGAGCAAACGUUCAAGCGGUGUCCCCCCUUGCUGACCACCAGCGUGAUCAUUGUGUUUCACAACGAAGGCUGGAGCACUCUGCUGAGGACGGUGUACAGCGUCCUCCACACCUCCCCUGCCAUCUUCCUGAAGGAGAUCAUCCUGGUGGAUGAUGCCAGUGUGGACGGUAAGGAACUAACUGGCCAGCCAGGCAGACGGCAGGACCACCCUGAUUUCACUUGGAAUUGAUUUCAGUCAGUCAGCCUACUGGGCGGCCCGCUGGUGCCAUGAAAUGUGCAGGCUGGAACCCCAGCUUCUUGUGAAGGGGGUUACAGCAGGAAGCAGCGCUGCUAGUGAAUACUUUCCUAAGAGGGGCUAGCUAGUACGUGGUGGUGUGGAGAAAUGUGUCUGUUUUCUCUUGUAAACAGGCCCCAGGCUGAGGGAAACGAGGCUGAGGGUAAAAAGAUGAGGGAGCAGGGAAUGCAGCCCAACUGAGUGACACUCAAAACCCUCUGUCAUUUGUUGGGAAUAGCCUGCUAUUAGACGUCUGUACUAAAGCUAUUUCCCUGGCCCAAUAGGAUAGGCUAGGAACUGGUCAGGCAAACUUGGCAGCUAGCCAUGGUCUCUGUCAAAUCAAAUGAAAUCAAAUGUUAUUUGCCACAUGCGCCGAAUACAACAGGUGUAGACAUUACAGUGAAAUGCUUACUUACAAGCCCUUAACCAACAAUGCAGUUUUUUAAAGAAAAAUGUAAAAUAAAGUGUUAAUACAAAAAUAAAAAGCAAAUACAGUGAGGGGAAAAAAGUAUUUGAUCCGCUGCUGAUUUUGUACGUUUGCCCACUGACAAAGAAAUGAUCAGUCUAUAAUUUUAAUGAUAGGUUUAUUUGAACAGUGAGAGACAGAAUAACAACAAAAAAAUCCAGAAAAACGCAUGUCAAAAAUGUUAUGAAUUGAUUUGCAUUUUAAUGAGGGAAAUAAGUAUUUGACCCCCUCUCAAUCAGAAAGAUUUCUGGCUCCCACAUGUCUUUUAUACAAGUAACGAGCUGAGAUUAGGAGCACACUCUUAAAGGGAGUGCUCCUAAUCUCAGCUUGUUACCUGUAUAAAAGACACCUGUCCACAGAAGCAAUCAAUCAAUCAAUCAGAUUCCAAACUCUCCACCAUGGCCAAGACCAAAGAGCUCUCCAAGGAUGUCAGGGACAAGAUUGUAGACCUACACAAGGCUGGAAUGGGCUACAAGACCAUCGACCAAAAUAACUGUCAAUCUCCCUCGGCCUGGGGCUCCAUGCAAGAUCUCACCUCGUGGAGUUGCAAUGAUCAUGAGAACGGUGAGGAAUCAGCCCAGAACUACACGGGAGGAUCUUGUCAAUGAUCUCAAGGCAACUGGGACCAUAGUCACCAAGAAAACAAUUGGUAACACACUACGCCGUGAAGGACUGAAAUCCUGCAGCGCCCGCAAGGUCCCCCUGCUCAAGAAAGCACAUAUACAGGCCCGUCUGAAGUUUGCCAAUGAACAUCUGAAUGAUUCAGAGGAGAACUGAGUGAAAGUGUUGUGGUCAGAUGAGAACAAAAUCGAGCUCUUUGGCAUCAACUCAACUCACCGUGUUUGGAGGAGGAGGAAUGCUGCCUAUGACCCCAAGAACACCAUCCCCACCGUCAAACAUGGAGGUGGAAACAUUAUGCUUUGGGGGUGUUUUUCUGCUAAGGGGACAGGACAACUUCACCGCAUCAAAGGGACGAUGGACGGGGCCAUGUACCGUCAAAUCUUGGGUGAGAACCUCCUUCCCUCAGCCAGGGCAUUGAAAAUGGGUCGUGGAUGGGUAUUCCAGCAUGACAAUGACCCAAAACACACGGCCAAGGCAACAAAGGAGUGGCUCAAGAAGAAGCACAUUAAGGUCCUGGAGUGGCCUAGCCAGUCUCCAGACCUUAAUCCCAUAGAAAAUCUGUGGAGUGAGCUGAAGCUUUGACUUGCCAAACGUCAGCCUCGAAACCUUAAUGACUUGGAGAAGAUCUGGGACAAAAUCCCUCCUCAGAUGUGUGCAAACCUGGUGGCCAACUACAAGAAACAUCUGACCUCUGUGAUUGCCAACAAGGGUUUUGCCACCAAGUACUAAGUCAUGUUUUGCAGAGGGGUCAAAUACUUAUUUCCCUCAUUUAAAUUGCAAAUCAAUUCAUAACAUUUUUGACAUGCAUUUUUCUGUAUUAUUGUGUUGUUAUUCUGUCUAUCACUGUUUAAAUAAUGAUAUAGACUGAUCAUGUCUUUGUCAGUGGGCAAACGUACAAAAUCAGCAGGGGAUCAAAUACUUUUUUCCCUCACUGUAGCUAAAGAGCAGCAGUAAAAUAAAAUAGCAGUAGGGAGGCUAUAUACAGGGGGGUACCGGUGCAGAGUCAAUGUGCGGGGGCACUGGCUAGUCGAGGUAAUUGAGGUCAUAUGUACAUGUGGGUAGAGUUAAAGUGACUAUGCAUAAAUAAUUAACAGAGUAGCAGCAGCGUAAAAAGAUGGGGUGGGGGGGCAGUGCAAAUAGUCCGGGUAGCCAUGAUUAGCUGUUCAGGAGUCUUAUGGCUUGGGGGUAGAAGCUGUUGAGAAGCCUUUUGGACCUAGACUUGGCGCUCCGGUACCGCUUGCCGUGCGGUAGCAGAGAGAACAGUCUAUGACUAGGGUGGCUUGAGUCUUUGACUGGCUGUCUGUCUGUGUUGAAGGGGCCAAGCUCAGGUAGAGGCCAACUCUCCCAGAAACAGUGUCACUGAGGCAGGAAUUUGAGCAAAAUAUGUUACAAGAUCCAUCUACUGUAUCUUUACUGUCCGUUAUAGAUCUGCAGUUCCAAUGCUAUGGGCUCAUUUCCUUUCACAGACGCCUUGAAAGAGGAGUUGGAUGAGUAUUUGAAGCGGCUACACAUCGUGCGCGUGGUGCGUCAGCGGGAGAGAAAGGGCCUGAUCACCGCUCGGCUACUGGGAGCCUCGGUGGCCACCGGAGACAUCCUCACUUUCCUCGAUGCUCACUGUUAGUACACGUACACCCACACCCCAGUACAGACGUCAAACAACUGAGUCAUCAGGCUGGAACAACCAGAACAGCUCUGCCUUUUAGACACACCUGUUUAUUUAUCCACCUACACCCCAGAAUACUAGCACCAUGCAUAUGCUGUUUAGGGCAUGGCAGGAAAACCACAAAACAUUAUUAGUAUUGGAAUGUAACAUAUCUUCGGGUAGGCUGCUUCCGGUUGGCCAGGGAAAAUAUCAAAUUAGUGUUAAAUGUAGUUGUUUUUACACAACAGCCUUCUAUGUUCCUUGCCAAUGUAGUAUUUCACAUUUAAAAUGCUAUGUUAUUUAGUGGUUGUAUUUUAUGUCUGGUGGUGAAUGCGUAUCCAACAGGUGAAUGCUUCAAUGGCUGGCUGGAGCCUCUACUGGCCAGGAUAGCAGAGAACUACACUGCGGUAGUAAGUCCUGACAUCACUACCAUUGACCUCAACACCUUUGAGUUUAUGAAGCCCUCGCCGUACGGGCAGAACCACAACCGUGGUAACUUCGACUGGGGCCUGUCCUUCGGCUGGGAGAGUCUACCGGACCACGAAAAACAACGGAGGAAGGAUGAGACCUAUCCUAUCAAGUGAGAAGAACUAUGUGAAUGAUUGAAUGCCUAUUUUCAGGAGGAAAUGCUGGCAUGCCAAACACCUCUGUCUAUAUUCCUUGAUAGCUGGUUAUGAAUUGUUUAUUUUUUUAACUGAGUGUAAAACAUAUCUGGACCCUCCAUUCAGUGGAUAUCUUUUACCUCACAGGACACCAACUUUUGCUGGGGGACUCUUCUCAAUCUCCAAGGACUACUUCUAUCUCAUCGGAAGCUAUGAUGAACAAAUGGAAAUCUGGGGCGGAGAGAAUAUUGAAAUGUCUUUCAGAGUAUGAGCUGAUUCACUUGGCUUUCUAGUUAGAAAACUUGUAUUAGUGCCAUCGCUGCUAUUGUUUGUGAUUCAUUCUCUAUCUUUGUAUUGUGCGGUAGAACCGAACCAACCGGUUACCAAGUAUGACUAACAGUAUUGGGUGUGUUGCCUCUGUCUGCCUGUAGGUGUGGCAGUGUGGGGGUCAGCUAGAAAUCAUCCCUUGCUCCAUCGUGGGUCACGUGUUCCGCACAAAGAGCCCCCACACCUUCCCCAAGGGCACCCAGGUGAUCGCACGUAACCAGGUGCGGCUGGCCGAGGUUUGGAUGGACGACUACAAGGAAAUCUUCUACCGACGCAACCAGCAAGCCGCCCAGCUGGCCAAAGACGUAUGUGGUAUUUCGGAGUGACAUUGUUGUACGUUUAAACCCAGCUAGGCAGGUUGAUAUCCCAAGAAAUAGGACCGGAGUUCUAAAACAGUUAAUCUGUUCCCUAAAGUAAUGUUUUAACAGUAGCAGUUUGCUCUGGAAUGUUUGCCCUCCACUAUAUCUCACAUGGACAUAUGAAUGUUCUCAUUCUGACUGCAGACUACUUGUUACCCCCCUCGUAGGACAAGUUUGGGCAGCCACACACUGGGCCUGGGCCCAGGCUGUCUGUUGGUUAUGUAUAGCCUGGACAAAGUCUGAUCACAGUUGAAUGUGCAAACACAUUCUCCUGAGGGGAACAUACAUUUUGAGGUCCCUAGUACAGUGGGGAAAAAAAGUAUUUAGUCAGCCACCAAUUGUGCAAGUUCUCCCACUUAAAAAGAUGAGAGAGGCCUGUAAUUUUCAUCAUAGGUACACGUCAACUAUGACAGACAAAUUGAGAAAAAAUGUUCCAGAAAAUCACAUUGUAGGAUUUUUAAUGAAUUUAUUUGCAAAUUAUGGUGGAAAACAAGUAUUUGGUCACCUACAAACAAGCAAGAUUUCUGGCUCUCACAGACCUGUAACUUCUUCUUUAAGAGGCUCCUCUGUCCUCCACUCGUUACCUGUAUUAAUGGCACCUGUUUGAACUUGUUAUCAGUAUAAAAGACACCUGUCCAGAACCUCAAACAGUCACACUCCAAACUCCACUAUGGCCACGACCAAAGAGCUGUCAAAGGACACCAGAAACAAAAUUGUAGACCUGCACCAGACUGGGAAGACUGAAUCUGCAAUAGGUAAGCAGCUUGGUUUGAAGAAAUCAACUGUGGGAGCAAUUAUUAGGAAAUGGAAGACAUACAAGACCACUGAUAAUCUCCCUCGAUCUGGGCUCCACGCAAGAUCUCACCCCGUGGGGUCAAAAUGAUCACAAGAACGGUGAGCAAAAAUCCCAGAACCACACGGGGGGACCUAGUGAAUGACCUGCAGAGAGCUGGGACCAAAGUAACAAAGCCUACCAUCAGUAACACACUACGCCGCCAGGGACUCAAAUCCUGCAGUGCCAGACAUGUCCCCCAGCUUAAGCCAGUACAUGUCCAGGCCCGUCUGAAGUUUGCUAGAGUGCAUUUGGAUGAUCCAGAAGAGGAUUGGGAGAAUGUCAUAUGGUCAAAUGAAAACAAAAUAUAACUUUUUGGUAAAAACUCAACUCGUCGUGUUUGGAGGACAAAGAAUGCUGAGUUGCAUCCAAAGAACACCAUACCUACUGUGAAGCAUGGGGGUGGAAACAUCAUGCUUUGGGGCUGUUUUUCUGCAAAGGGACCAGGACGACUGAUCCGUGUAAAGGAAAGAAUGAAUGGGGCCAUGUAUCGUGAGAUUUUGAGUGAAAACCUCCUUCCAUCAGCAAGGGCAUUGAAGAUGAAACGUGGCUGGGUCUUUCAGCAUGACAAUGAUCCCAAACACACCGCCCGGGAAACGAAGGAGUGGCUUCAUAAGAAGCAUUUCAAGGUCCUGGAGUGGCCUAGCCAGUCUCCAGAUCUCAACCCCAUAGAAAAUCUUUGGAGGGAGUUGAAAGUCCGUGUUGCCCAGCGACAGCCCCAAAACAUCACUGCUCUAGAGGAGAUCUGCAUGGAGGAAUGGGCCAAAAUACCAGCAACAGUGUGUGAAAACCUUGUGAAGACUUACAGAAAAUGUUUGACCUGUGUCAUUGCCAACAAAGGGUAUAUAACAAAGUAUUGAGAAACUUUUGUUAUUGACCAAAUACUUAUUUUCCACCAUAAUUUGCAAAUAAAUUCAUAAAAAAUCCUACAAUGUGAUUUUCUGGAUUUUUUUCUUUCUAAUUUUGUCUGUCAUAGUUGACGUGUACCUAUGAUGAAAAUUACAGGCCUCUCUCAUCUUUUUAAGUGGGAGAACUUGCACAAUUGGCGGCUGACUAAAUACUUUUUUUCCCCACUGUAUGUACCGUAGAACUAUGCCACAAUGUGAAAUAAGUACAAAUGAAUAGUAUCCUUUUGAGGAAAACCUUCUGCCAGGCUCGAGGCUAUUAGGCAGGAAGGGAAGCCCUUUGGAGUUAGCAGUCUGCUACAUGACAUAGAUUUGUAGUGCUGCUGCAUCUCAACAGAUAACAGGUUUUAUCAUCUCCAUGUCAUAAACAGUUCCCCUCAGGCCAUGUGUAGUUACGUACCUCAGAGUGAACCAGGCCAAGAGGCCUCUCCUGCUGCCUUCAAACAGCCCCUGUGUCUUUAACAGCUUCAAGGAGCACAGCUACAGUUGUUAUCAGCACACUGCUGUUUACAGCAUCCGCGUCAUUAUCUCUCUCAAAUGCUCUCAUUACUGAAUACCUGCCUGGAGAAGCUCUCUGAUCCUUGAAAUACUCUGCGUUUGUACUGGCAAUCGGUGAACCAAUGACUGAGCAAUGGCUGCAUGCAUUCUUUUGAAAUGUUGAUUGCAUUAAUUAAUUUAAAUGAAGUAAAGAGGAAAAAGUCAGACAUUUCUGGACUAGAGGGUUCAUAAUUUGCUAUGGUAUUUCAGCUCGGUUGUCUUGAAAAUAUUUGUGUGUGCCAAUUACUUGAAACGGGAUCGGGCAGACUGAAACUCUGCCAUACAUUGUGCUGUCUUCGAGCUGUCACCCAUCAACCACGGAGCUCCAGCACUAGACGGGCUGUUAGGAAGUGGUAAUGGAGUCUUUCCUCCCAGUUCAAAGCCUGGGCAGUGUGAGUGAUGAGGAAAGUUCCUCCCCUCUUUAAUGGCUGCUGCCUGGAAUUGUUUUCACAGAGGGCCUUCGGAGACGUCGGGCGGCGCGUGGACCUCCGGGAGCGGCUGCAGUGCAAGAGCUUCUCCUGGUAUUUGAAAAACGUGUAUCCAGAGGUCUUCAUGCCCGAUCUCAACCCGCUCCACUUUGGCUCGGUAAGCCCCCACGUCCCCCCUCUCCCGGGCUCUUUCCAGACCACAGAGAGCUGUGUCUGGCCACAGCGGGUUUCCACUUAGCAUCUCCAGAGGGCUCAGAGGAGGGCUCCAGGCUAGGCCAGGGGAGAGAGCAGCUCCACACUAUCUGAGGUGGCUGGGCUUGUUUGAACAGUUUGUGUGUCUUACUGAAAUCCCUUUCCUUGUGCCUCCAGGUGAAGAAUGUAGGUAAAGAUUCGUGUCUGGAUGCAGGGGAGAACAACGAGGGAGGGAAAUCGCUGAUCUUGUAUCCAUGCCACGGCCUCGGAGGAAACCAGGUCAGAGGGAAGGGAAUGAAGGGACUGAGUUCAGUCAUGAAGGAAAUACUAAGUACUUUCUCUGUCACUUUCAAAAUCAGAAGGAUUACUUCUGGUGUUCUUUGUGAUCCAUCAGUAUUUUGAGUACUCGACCCGUCACGAGAUCCGGCACAACAUUCAGAAGGAGCUGUGUUUGCAUGGGACGGAUGGAGCCGUGAAGCUGGAAGACUGCCAGUAUAAAGGCCGCAGCACAUUUGUAGGAGCAGAACAGAAGUGGGAGUUAAGGGAGGUGAGACCAAAUACCCACAUCUCUAUUCUAAUGGGCUCAGUCAAGAUUUCUUCUUGAAAUCUUGGGGUUCAUCCAUUAUGUUACUGUUAAUUAUUACCUAAUUGUUUGCCUGGUUCUCUUGCAUUAUCUUCACCAUAGAAGUGGAUGUCAGUUAUUUCCUACUGAGGAUGUUAGUGACUAAUCUGUGUGUCUCCUCUCUGUGUAGAACCAGUUAUUCUACAUCCCAGGAUGGAACCUGUGUCUGAGUGCUCGUCAUGAGCACCCCUCCUUGGUGGCCUGUAACCCCUCAGACAGAUACCAGCUGUGGCUCUUCAUCUGAGGGCAGGACACACAUCGUCCUCGGCAAUAGUGGACGAUGUGUGCCUUGGUAUUCUAGGACCGUUAGAAGAAGUAGCAAUUGGCGUACACUUUUACAUUUUAUUAUCAAGUAGAAUUUUAAUUUAUUUUUAUACGUAGAAGAACUGCUGCUGGAAAGUUUGGGAUUUUGAGGAGAACAUGUGACCUCGGGAAGGAAGCAUUCAAACAUACUGAAGACUUAAGUUUGUUUUUCUCUCGUUCCUUUUUUAGUCAUGAUUUGGGUAAAGGAAUUGUUUUUCUUCUGUCAUUCAAGCCAACCACUGUCUGUAGAUUGACUGCGGUAGCUGGGACUGUGUAGACACUUUGGAUGGACACUAAAUGAAGAGAUAUUUCUUUGAAGAAUACCACGUUUUUCUUUUAGUGUGUACUUUGGAGGGAAAUCAACAUUACAUUUUAUUUAAUUACAAAGGCUUGUUCUUUAUUGCCCACACUGAAUAAUGUAUUAAUAUAUAUGUGAAAACCAACAACAAAAUGGACUCUGAAACAAUGCAAUAGUGCACUUGCCUCUUGCACAAACUGAAUAACUCUGAUGUUAUGCACCAAAGACUAAUCAAGGGUUUAUUUUCUAUUAAAGACAUGCUCCAGAACUUUGGCAACUAGUUAGUAUUUUUUAAACCUUCCGCUUUGGGCUGGAUGCAUAAUCUAUGAGCAGAAUUACUGUCUUACCUCAAUUAGCCACGAAAUCCCUAGUUUGAAAGCGACUGUUUACUGGAAGCUGUGUAGUGCCAUUUUCCCUACAUUUUCCCCCACGUGUGCCAGCCCCCUAGCAAUUCGAGUUCCAGCAGCGCCAUUUUCCCUACAUUUUCCCCACAUUUUCCCCCACGUGGGCCAGCCCCCUAGCAAUUCUAGUUCCAGCCAAUGAGGUUCAGCCCCUCGCCAUUUGAGUGACAGCUAGCAAGAUGCGCACACACAGCAGAGAAAUUAUGUGGCGCACAUAUGUAAUGUAUGCAAUUUUCGGGGACCAAUUUUGGCUAGUAAGCUCUACUUUCAGAACUACUUGCUAAAAAGUGUACGGGAGAAUCUCUUUAAAAUAAAUAUGUUUAUAUUAUAGGUUAUUCAAUAUCUACCACUACUGCAUCUUUUUAUUAUUCAAAGUAUUCUAUCAGAUGUGACAGGAAAACAUUAGAUAUGCAUCCUCCAUUACCACCGCUAGAGGGUCUGAUUCCCCUCUUACCCAGCUGGUUUUCCUCACAAGCAGAUUGAGAAUGAUCUCUAUGCGUUGCCAAUACAGUGCC